AUUGUCCAACUGGAGGAUCUGGAACAUACUGCGCAAGCAGGCACGGUUCACGAGAUUGUUCGUGAAGUUCUGAAAUUCGACGGCAGUAAAGUAUUGACGUUUUGGCUAAAAAAAUCUAUGUAUAAAGUGAAAUAUACCACCAUAUUCUGGUCACCCUAAGUAAUUCAUCCACGCAUAAAUUCUCCGUGAAAUAAGAAGAAUUUGUUGGCAGGAUUUUGCUGAACCUGCACCACCGAGCGCUAUCGCACGACCUGACGCGUGCACGAUGACGAUCGAACAAUGAAAUUUUGACAAGUGCACCUGGCCUUCAAGUUCAAGAGAAAUCACAAACUUAGCAAAUUUUAGGAUGGCCUCUGAAGCUGGAGCUGCGGGUUCCGACGAAUUAAAGUGGGUGACCUUGUUUGACAACAUGAAUGCCAAAGAGGAAGCCAAGAAGAAGAAGGGGCCUGGCUCCAAGAAGGCCAGCAACAAAGCUGCCCUUCCAACAGAGGACAUGGCCACCCCUGAUAGGAAGGUGGACAAGUCAGAUAAGCGUCUGUCAGUGGAGCGCAUCUAUCAGAAGAAGACGCAGCUAGAGCACAUCUUGCUCAGGCCUGACACUUACAUCGGAUCUGUGGAGCCAGUGAAACAGGCCAUGUGGGUUAUCAACGAAGAUGGAGCUCUUGAAAAUAGAGAGAUUACCUACGUACCUGGAUUGUUCAAAAUUUUUGACGAAAUCCUUGUAAAUGCUGCUGACAACAAGCAGAGGGACCCAUCGAUGAACGCCAUCAAGAUAUCUAUAGAUCCUGAGAACAACAUGAUCAGCAUCUGGAACAAUGGCAAAGGCAUCCCCAUCAUAGAGCACAAGACAGAGAAGCUCUUCGUUCCCUCCAUGAUCUUUGGCCACCUGCUCACCUCCAGUAACUAUGACGACUCACAGAAAAAGGUUACAGGUGGCCGUAAUGGAUAUGGUGCAAAGCUGUGCAACAUAUUUAGCACCAAGUUCACUGUUACCACAGCCUGUAGGCAGUACAAGAAGAAGUUCAAGCAGACAUGGACCAAGAACAUGACCAAGACCACGGAUGCCAAGAUCGUGGACUUUGACGGCACAGACUACACUGAGAUCUGCUUCUACCCCGACCUGGAGAAGUUCAAAAUGGAGAUGCUGGACAGGGACAUUGUGGCCCUGCUCACCCGCCGUGCCUACGACAUCGCCGGCUGUACCAAGGGGGUCAGGGUGACGCUUAACGGCAGUAGGCUGCCGGUGACUGACUUCAGAUCCUAUGUGGACUUGUACCUGAAAGACAAAACGGACGAGAUGGGCAACCCUCUGAAGGUGGCCUACGAAUCGGUCAACCCACGGUGGGAAGUUUGCCUGACAACGAGCGAGAAAGGUUUCCAGCAGGUCAGCUUUGUCAAUAGCAUUGCAACCAUGAAGGGAGGCAGGCAUAUUGACUACAUCGCAGAGCAAGUUGUCUCCAAGCUGAUUGACACCAUCAAGAAGAAGAACAAAGGCGGUAUUGCCAUCAAACCAUUCCAGAUCAAGAGCCACGUCUGGCUGUUCGUGAACUGCCAGAUUGAAAACCCGACGUUUGACUCCCAGACCAAGGAGAACAUGACCCUCCAGGCCAAGCAGUUUGGCUCGGAGUGCAAGAUGUCAGACAAGUUCUACAAAGCGGCUCUGAACAGCGGUGUUGUGGAGAACAUCAUGUCCUGGAUGAAGUUCAAACAGCAGAGCCAACUGGACAAGAAGUGCCACGCCAGCAAACACUCCAAGAUCAAGGGCAUCCCCAAGCUGGAUGACGCCAACGACGCCGGCGGCAAGAACUCCCACUCCUGCACCCUCAUCCUGACUGAGGGGGACUCGGCCAAGGCGCUGGCUGUUAGUGGGCUCGGGGUCGUAGGUCGUGAUCGCUAUGGGGUCUUCCCGCUCAGAGGCAAGCUGCUCAACGUCAGGGAGGCCAAUCAUAAGCAGAUCAUGGAGAAUGCGGAGAUCAACGCCAUCAUCAAGAUCAUGGGCCUGCAGUACAAGAACAAGUACGAGCAGCCCGAGUCACUGCGCAGCCUACGCUACGGCAAGCUGAUGAUCAUGACCGACCAGGAUCAAGACGGCUCCCACAUCAAGGGCCUUCUGGUCAACUUCAUCCACAACAACUGGCCCAACCUCCUCAAGCACAAUUUACUAGAGGAAUUCAUCACUCCCAUUGUCAAGGCCACCAAGGGCAAGGAGACCUGUUCCUUUUACUCAUUACCGGAAUUUGAAGAGUGGAAGAACGCAACUGACAACUGGAGUUCAUGGAAGAUAAAGUACUACAAAGGUUUGGGUACCAGCACCAUGAAGGAGGCCAAGGAAUACUUCAGUGACAUGGUCCGUCAUCGUAUCCCCUUUAAGUACGUGGGACCCGAGGACGACAGCGCUAUCGUCCUGGCUUUUAGCAAGAAGAAGGUUGAAGAUCGUAAGGAAUGGCUGACCGACUGGCUGAAUGAGAGGAAGCGACGGCGUGAGGCCGGGCUCCACGACGUCUACCUGUACGGCAAAGAGACCAAAGCCAUCAGCUACAACGACUUCAUCAACAAGGAGCUGGUGCUGUUCUCCAAUGCUGACAAUGAGCGUUCCAUCCCGUCCUUGUGUGACGGUCUAAAGCCUGGCCAGCGUAAAGUCCUGUUCACCGCCUUCAAACGCUACGAAAAGAAGGAAGUCAAAGUGGCCCAGAUGGCGGGAGCUGUGUCGGAACUCUCUGCCUACCAUCACGGCGAGAAUUCUCUGAUGAGCACCAUCAUCAACUUGGCACAGAACUACGUAGGCAGCAACAACCUGAAUCUCUUGCAGCCCAUCGGUCAGUUUGGUACACGGCUGUACGGCGGCAAAGACGCUGCCAGCCCGCGUUACAUCUUCACGCAACUCAGCUCCUUGGCCCGUAAGAUCUUCCCUGUGAGUGAUGAGCCGCUGCUGAAGUCCAACUUUGACGACAACCAGCGGGUGGAGCCCGAGUGGUACUGCCCCAUCAUUCCCAUGGUCCUGGUCAAUGGCACGGACGGCAUUGGUACGGGCUGGAGCACCAAGAUUGCCAACUACGACAUCAGGGAGGUGGUGGCCAACGUCCGACGGCUGCUCAGCGGAGAGGAGCCACUACCCAUGCUGCCGUCGUACAAGAACUUCAAGGGCACCAUUGAGGAGCUGGAGCCCAACCGCUUCGUCUGCAGUGGAGAGGUGGCCAUCAUCGACAACAACACCAUCGAGAUUACCGAGCUGCCCAUCCGCGUCUGGACCCAGAGCUACAAGGAGUCGGUCCUGGAGCUCUUCCUGCAUGGCAGCGAGAAGGUCAAGCCUUGCAUCACGGACUACAAAGAGUACCACACGGACACGACCGUCAAGUUUUUGGUGAAGCUGAGCGAGGAGAAGCUGAUGAACUUUGAGCACGAGGGCUUGCACAAGGCCUUCCGCCUGCAGAACACAAUAUCCCAAGCAAACAGCAUGGUCCUGUUUGACCAGCACGGCUGUAUCAAGCGGUACAACGACGUACUGGAGAUCCUGAAGGACUUCUACGCCGUGCGGCUGGCCCUGUAUCAGCGCCGCAAGGACUACCAGGAGGGCAUGCUGGAGGCGGAGGCUAGCAGGCUCAACAACCAGGCUCGCUUCAUCAUGGAGAAGAUCGAGGGCACGGUCGUCAUCGAAAACAAGAAGAAGAAAGAAAUGAUCUCCACCCUGGUGCACCGGGGCUACGACUCGGAUCCGGUCAAGAUCUGGAAGGAGGCCCAGAACAAGCUGCAGGCAGAGGAGGAGGUAACCGGGCCUUCGGAGGCAGAGGACGACGCCCUGAGUGAGGUGUCCACUGCCUCCUCGUCGGCUGGGCCUGACUUCAACUACCUGCUGGGGAUGCCCCUGUGGAGCCUGACACGAGAGAGGAAGGACGACCUGCUCAAGAACAGGGACAAUAAGUGCAAAGAGCUGGCAGAACUCAGGAGGAAGUCCCCGACCAUGUUGUGGAAAGAAGACCUGGAAGCUUUUGAGCAGCAGUUAGAGGUCGUUGAGCAGCAGGAGCGCGAUGACGAGGCCAUGGGCGUGACCAAUGCUGCUGCCACCAAGGGAGCCAAGAAGCCUCGCAAGAAGCUGAUCACCAAGCAGGAGACAAUGCCGUCCCCCUACGGCCGCCGGGUGGUGCCCCGCAUCGAUGCCGUGGCUAAGACCUCUCGGGCAGCCGGGGGAGACGGUGCCACCAAGAGGGCACGGAAAACCAAGAAGAUGGAAAACGGGGAGGACACGGGCAGCCUGGACGACAGCGCAGAGAAGGAGCCCAUGUCCCUAAUGCAGCGCCUGGCAGCCAAGGGCACCAAGACGGUCGCCAGGAACGGUAGCACUAAGACCCUCAAGCAGAAGACACUAGGUUUCAAACCAGCGGCCAAGAAGAAGGCAGCGUCCAAGAAAAAGGGCAGUUCCUUCUCAGACUCUGACUCUGAAUCAGACUUAGACGGUUCAUUGAAUUAUUCGGACCUGGACCUGCCGGUGGAGGAAGUACAGAAACCCGUUUCCAGAAGAGCAACCACUCAGAAAGCCAAGUACUCUUUCAGCGACGACGAAGAUGGUGAUGAUGAUAAUGAUGCAUCUCCAAGAGUCUCUCCUACUUUCAACCUGGAUGAUGUGAGCGACGACAACAACAAAGAAGAUAAAGACGGUUUCUCCUCCUCCCCUGUCAAGAGGCCGGUCAAGAGAGCGGCGCCCAAGCUGGUCAGUGACAGUGAGAGCGAUGAUGCGGCGAUGGAUGUCGGAGAGCCCAAAGCGAAAGGCCCAGUGGUGUUGAGCUCUGGGGAUGAAUCGGAGAGUGGAUUGUCACCGCCAAAGCAGGCCAAAGUCUCUCCACCAGCCAAGAAACCUGCAGCUAAACCAAAAGCCUCCAAGCAGAAGACCCUCCUAGAGCUGAUCAACAAGCCCUCCAAGUCCAAGAAGAGCAGCAAUGAUGACGACAGCCAAGAUGCUGCCACCAAGAAGCCUGCCAAGGCGAAAGCGGCUCCCAAACCAAGGAAGCCAGCUGCCAAGAAGUCUAAGACUACCUCUGACGAUGACUCCUCAGACUUCAAACCCAAGAAGCCAGCUGCCAAGAAAACAUCCACCAAAAAGGCUGCAGCUAAGCCCAAAAAGAGGAAAAUUGAUUUCUCUGACUCGGAGGAUGACGAUGCCUUCGACGUUGACGAGACGGACACUGUGGAGGUCCCGGCCCCGAAGCUUACCGGCCGCGCAGGGGGACGAGUCAGGCCGGCCGUCAAGUACAACUUUGGCGACGACUCGGAUGACGACGACGACUUUUGAAAAGCUCCUCUGCCGGAGCACAGCAGCGGAGGAAUUUUGGUUUUUUUUGGGGGGGGGGAGCUCCGCGCUGAUCACAAACCGAUAUUAAAGUGGUCUUCCAGUUUUGGUUUGGAAUUCAUCAUUUGUUGUCCCCUCAGUCGACCACUUACCACAACACAGACCAGCCUUCCCACCAUCCCUGGCUAUUCUCACAAUGAAAACUCCAAAUGUUUCCAGUUUCAACAGAUCUAGGCAUGUUAUUGAGAUCAACAUCUUCCUGAUCCCCUAGUUUUUUUAACUUCCCACGCAAACCUAUACAAAUUGAAAAACUCUGCAGAAAGCCCAGUGCAGCUUUCAACUUCUUCUCUGUUUCUGAAUUACAAGUUGCACGCUUACAGGUGUUUACCCGAUUAAAUGCUACGAACGUUUCAAGUUGCGAAGUGGAUAUUUUUACUGAAAGUGUAGAUGAUAUGUACAUACUGUCAUUUGUACCCCCAUGGGUCACAUCGAGUAUAUAAUGCUUAAGGAGCGUGUUGGUAUCAAGAUGGAAACCCCCUCCUCGAAAAAUGAUUGGAAUUUUAACCCUCAUAGGAAUAGGCAAGAAAUUAGGAAAAAUACACGAAAGCAAAAUUCCACCCUCUACAAAGUUUCGUCUCUCAGCAGUUACUGUUAGGACCAUGUAUUAAAAAGGGCCUUGUAAAACUUCGAAAGCAUUUCACCAUUUUUCCACCUCCUGUAUAUACAUACAUUAAGUAUUUUAUUAUUCCAGUGGUGUACAUUCAUGUCCCUUUCUCGUCUUUUGCAUGAGCCGUGUAGUUGUGUGGCACCUAGUGUACUGAGUAAGAUUUGAAAUGGCUAAAAUGUACUGGAUAGGACUAUUUAUUACGUGGCCCAGAGUAUCUGACUAAAGUCCCAGUCCUUUAGGGUCCUAGUGUUUUGUUGUAUUCUAUUCUAGCAUGCAUGGGUGCAGUAUUUGUUGUGCAGCUGUCCUUGUUUGCUUUCUACUUAAUGUUUGCUUCUUAUCAGUGACGUGUGCAAGUUUUUGUGACAAUCCUAACUCCUACUGAUUUUCGAAAGCCUUCAUUGUGUUGUUCAUGUCGGCUAACUGUCCAGGCAAUUCAUCUCAGACUUCACGAAGUUGCAUUCUCUGCCAUUACAAUAUAUUUGAUGUCAGUGAUAAAUUUUGUUACAGAAAGUGAAGCUGUAAUGUUUGCUCCUUGAGUUCACAUGUCCAUUUGGUCAUUUUGACAAACGUUUUUAAAUACCUUGGCUGAACUACCCUGACAGUCAAUUGAAGUUGCCAACAGCGUGCUGUAGCUUGUUUGGAGUUCACUGGCCACACAGAUUUUAUUAAUGGUUAAGUGUUUCCACCUCGAAUCUUCACCAUUCCGUUUGUCCUGUCCUGUAUUUAACAAUUUGUUGGCAUCGUAAUGUAAAAAAAAAAAAAAAA